ACGAGAAGCGGACACGUCACCACGGCGAGACUCUCAUGUGUUAUUGUUUUGGAAUGCAGUUCAUUUGACAUAAAUUACGUGUUUUGGGAUUUCGUCGUGUGGGACACAAUAACAGAAAAAUUAAAAUGUCGACCACCGAGCAGUUCACCAUGUUCCCCGGUCAGAUGUGGGAGAAAGUGCUUGCGAAAGUGAAGAGAGCUGUUGUGUUUAUGGACGACAAGUGUGCCGAGAGUCUCCACUGGAACGGCGGUGCUAUCACUUUGUUUGAAGCAGGAGCCCUUAAUGUUAAACAGUUUUCCAGCUUUGAGUCCAGUGGGGAAAACGAACCAAAGGCUGUAUUUGUGGUGAGCACAUUGCUGAAAGGUAGAACAGUCGACAUUAUCAAAGACAUCAUAUCCCUUAGUCACUUUCAGUAUUGCGUUGUGUUCACCACCGUUGCCCAUUCUGUUCACCUGCUUGCUAACAACGUUAGUGUCGAGUUGGAAGGAAAGCCUGUGUUUGAGCAGCUGGAAGAGAAGCUCUGUGAAUGGAUGGGCAACAUGAACUACACGGCUGAGGUGAUGCAAGCCCCAGUGGUCUUCGCUCCCGUCUCCCAGCAGCUCCUCCUGGCCCCAGCCUUCGCCCACCUGUUCCCCUUGCUUCCUCCUGACCUAGAGUUGAUUAAUGCCAAACGUCCAGAGAAGAAGCGGUUUGGCAACAUCAGCGACGUGGACAUGUCCUCACUGCCCACGAAUCUACAGAUAGAGAUAAAGUCCCUCGCCUCUGCCCUGAACUCCCUGUUUGAGACCACCUGUACGAGGGAAGAGAGCUUCGCCGUUGGUCCCAUGAGUCGCCUCAUCGCGGCGGAACUCACCAACCACUCCCAGGCGAAAAACCGUCGAAAAACAGCCCCCAAUAAAGCUUCAAUUAUCUUUGUUGACAGAACCAUGGAUCUAACAGGCGCUGUUGGUCACCACGGCGACAACCUGGUGGAGAAGAUUCUGACAGUUCUUGAUCUCCUACCGGGUCACGCCACGGACAUCCAGGUGGACAUGAUGGAACUGACCAGUCUCCAUAGUAACAAGCUCUCUCAGGGAACCGUGGCUCCCGGCUGUCUGGCUCAGACCCCCUCGUCCCCUGCUCGGGAGCUGUGGGAGGCCAUGUUGAACAGCAAGCAGAAGGCGGCCAUGAUGGAGGUGCGUCGACACCUGGUGGAGGCCGCCAGCAAGGAGAACCUGCCAAUCAAGAUGAGCAUCGGUCGAGUGACCCCCGAGCAGCUGUGCUCCUACGUGCAGUUGUUCCGGAGCGACUGGGAGGCGCUAGAGAGUCACGGUGGGGUGCUGCAGCUGGGCCUGGCCACGGCGCAGACCCUGCGACACCCCGCCCUCCCCCGCUGGGACGCAUGCCUGGGCUGCCAGCGGCUGCUGCUACAGGCUCUGGGCGACUCAGACUUCCCCACGGUGCUGCGGCAGCUCCUGCCGAUGAUGAAGCCCAUGAGUAAGAGCGGCCCCGCGGGGCCCGGGGCCCAGCGGCCCAGCGAGGACUGCGGCCCCGAGGAGAUGAUCCUCCUGCUCAUCUUCCUCUACUCUCUGGCCGACGAGGCACAGCCGUGGCCACACCAGGGCCGGGAGGAGGAGGAAGAGGAGGAGCUGGAGAAGACGGAGAGGGAGCUGAUUGGAGCGCUCACCCUGGUGAUCACCCAGGAGGCGGAGCUUAGCCCACUACUUCAGAAAAUCACAGGAUGUGUGAGUGUGGAGGAGGUGACCGCUCCCCUGGUCCAAUCUGCGUUGGAGAGGGUCUUCGAAACGCUCCGUGGCCUGACACUCCUCCGAGACCACCUUAAACACCUCAAAUCAGUCUACACCGGCAGCGAUGGAGUCCACCAGGCGUCCUACCAGCCCUUCCUGGAGCAGGUGCUACAAGAGGUCUUCCACCCUGACCACCGGGACUGUCCCGACCUGGAGCACAUGUCUGGAGGACUCACUGACCUACUGAAGACCGGCUUCAGCAUGUUUAUGAAGGUGACCCGGCCUCACCCCAGCGACCACCCGCUGCUCCUCCUCUUCCUGGUGGGCGGAGUCACCCCAUCAGAACUCAGGCUGGUCCGAGAUGUGGCCGCCGCCCACAAACCAGGAAGCCAGGUUCUCGUGGUAUCCACCAGACUCCUGCGACCCACAGACGUAGCGGAGCUCCUCCUCACCACCCAAAGGCUGGCCCCCGACAUCGGCGUCUGAGUGCCGCACGUGGCCACCCUCUCACAGGGACACGUGCACGCCCCGCCGCGCCUGCACGCCUCGCCUGGACGCAGCGCUGCGUGGGACGGAUCGCCAGGCCCCGAUCCAGCAUUCCUACGUCUUCGUCACCUUCUAUUCCGUUUCUAUUUUUAAUCCAAACCCAACCUGUAAAGCAAAUCAAUAUUCAUGUUUUGAAGAUAUAAAUAAAUACAUUUAAACAUGGACUCAUA